UUCCCUUUAUUCACACAGUUCCCACUAGCUGAUCAGUCACUCUGGUCUGUGAGUUCUUGAGGUCGGACACACCUGGCCUGUACCUCAGAUCAAACCAUGGCUGUUGUCCUGGAAAACAUAUGGAAUGAUACUGAUUGGUGGAUGUUCAUGGAGGAUGAAUUUCAAAAUUUCACUGGCACACCACCCACAGAAAAAUAUUAUAGUCCCUGUAGGCUGGACACUGAGACACUCAACAAAGAUGCUGUGGUUGUCAUCUAUUCCCUGGUGUUCCUGCUGAGCCUGCUGGGAAACUCCCUGGUGAUGCUGGUCAUCUUAUACAACCGGGUCAGCCGUUCUGUCACCGAUAUCUACCUGUUGAACCUGGCCAUAGCUGACCUGCUCUUUGCCUUGACCUUGCCUAUCUGGGCUGCCUCCAAGGCAAAGGGCUGGACCUUCGGCACACUCCUGUGCAAGGUGGUUUCGCUCUUGAAGGAAAUCAACUUUUAUAGUGGUAUUCUAUUACUGGCCUGCAUCAGCAUAGACCGCUACCUGGCCAUUGUCCAUGCCACACGCACAUUGACCCAGAAGCGACACUGGGUCAAGUUCAUAUGCUUAGGCAUCUGGGUCCUGUCCCUGAUCCUGUCCCUGCCCGUCUUCAUUGUACGUGAGGCCUACAAACCACCCUAUUCCAGCCCAGUCUGCUAUGAACACAUGGGUGCCAAUACAACAAAAUGGCGGAUGGUGAUGCGGAUCCUGCCCCAGACCUUCGGCUUCCUCCUGCCACUGCUGGUCAUGCUCUUCUGCUAUGGACUCACCCUGCGCACGCUGUUCGAGGCCCACAUGGGGCAGAAGCACCGGGCCAUGCGGGUCAUCUUUGCUGUUGUGCUCGUCUUCCUGCUCUGCUGGCUGCCCUACAACCUGGUCCUGGUCGCAGACACCCUCAUGAGGAUCCGGGUGAUCAAGGAGACCUGCGAGCGCCGCAACGACAUUGGCCGGGCCCUGGACGCCACCGAGAUUCUGGGGUUCUUCCACAGCUGCCUCAACCCCCUCAUCUACGCCUUCAUCGGCCAGAAGUUUCGCCAUGGACUCCUUAAGAUCAUGGCCAUCCAUGGCCUGGUCAGCAAGGAGUACUUGGCCAAGGACAGCAGGCCUUCCUUUAUUGGCUCUUCUUCAGGGAACACUUCUACUACAAUCUGAGCCCCCACCCCUGUUGCAGCCUCUCAGGGCUCCUCCUGUCCCCCCAGCAUCCCAUUCCAAGCCUUACAUCCACUGGUUGUUCCCAGUCUCUGUGUCAAGGCCAUGCCUCAUUGGGGUUACAGGAAUUGCUGGGGCCACAUCCUUCCCAGGUCCCCACUGUGGGGUUGGGGAAGCCUGCCCUGACGCCCUACCCCUUACCAUAAUUACUAUGUCAACUGCUGGCGCUCUGUCCAUCCUACCGCUGAGCCCACAGUACUCAGUUUCCUGGACAUCUGAAAGGCAUCCUUGGAAGUGACUGCAGAAAGUUCUCACCACUGGGAGAUAUCAGUGGCACACGUUCGUUGGUUCUGCAACUCUCCCUUUCCUUGCUUGCCAGCAAAGUCCACCUCCCUAGAGAGAGACUGAAGGUGACAGACAAUUUCUAAGACUCCCUGAAGCUAGGAGUGGGCGUAUCAUCCACUUGUGACUAAUAAGACUUAAGGGCAAUAGUGUGCUGGUAUGCCACUCUCCGGGGAGAAGGGCUCUGAUUUGUAACGUUUACCAAGUGCCCUGGUGUAAACACUCCCUCUAUGAUUUCAAGGGUGACAGUGUUUAGCAACCAGCUCACAAAUUCUAGAAAAUGUACUAAUCUGCUUUCACAAGCAAGUACAAGCUGGCUUUAGCAUACCAUUGCUUAAGAGGAAGUCUGCUAGGGCCAGGGGACUCCUGGGAAAUAUUCCUGAUUAAAAAAGAAAGAGAUACACAU